AUGCCCCUGCGUCGGCUGCCGAAGCGGCCGAAGAUCACCAACACGCAGAUGUUGCUGAUGCGCCGCCGCGAGCCGUACAAACCGACGAUGAAGGACCGCCACGAGAUUGAGAAUCGUACAAAGCUGGAGGAGUUUGAACGAAAAAACGCAGAGGGCCUCAUGUUCGUGCCAGAGGCUGUCUUGCCGCCGUGGCAGAAGUCCCUCGCGCUGAAUGCCGCCUCGGUGGCGUCGCGCAUGAACUUCAGGGGCUUCCGCGUCCGCGUGGCGGACAAGCAGGACGAGCCCGGCUUCCCAACGCCCUUUCGCUGA